AUGCGGUGAGAGCGCAUGGCAGGUGGCGGAAAGCGCAGGCCGUGUGGCGCGGCGGGACCGGCCGGAGAGCAGAGUGAAAAAAAUGGACCUGUCAAGAAGAGAAGAUCAAAUCAGGCAGAUAAUUCUGAUAGUCUUUGCCAAGAAGCAGAAACAUGCUAUCGGCUUAGACUGCCUGAGGACUUCUUCCAGUUUUGGAAGUUUUGUGAGGAACUAGAUCCUGAGAAACCAAGUGAUGCACUUGUGUCAAGUGUUGGACUUAAGCAUGUUGGACCAUAUGAUAUUCUUGCUGGAAAACACAAAAAAGCAAAAUCAACAGAUGUGAACUUCAAUCUUCAUUGGAGAUUCUUCUUUGAUCCCCCAGAAUUUCAGACUAUACUUGUUGGGGAUAGCAGAACACAGUAUCACGUGGGAUAUUUCAGGGAUGUGCCAGAUGAGCUCCCAGUGUGGGUUGGUGCAAAUGAAGCUAAGAAGGGUUGUGUGAUUUCACAAGUUGGUGAUAAUGUCUUUGCUGCAGUCAAAUUACUUUUGUCAAAAAAAUUUAAGGAAGUGGCUGAUAAAAAGAAAAAUGCUGUUUUGAAAGAAGAUGAAAAGCUAACAAGAACAGCAAAAGAACUGGGUUAUUCUCUGGAACAAAAAACCCUGAAGAUGAAACAGAGAGAUAAGAAAGUAGUGACCAAAGCAUUUCAUGGAGCAGGCCUAGUUGUUCCUGUAGACAAAAAUGAUGUUGAAUACAGAGAACUUCCUGAAACAAAUGCUAAUCUUAAAAAAAUUUGCAAGGCUGUUGUUGAUGCUCUGACUGAUGAGGAGAGAGUGAAGGCCUUUGCACCCAUUCAAGAAAUGCUGACCUUUGUUCAGUUUGCUAAUGAUGAAUGUGACUAUGGAAUGGGGUACGAGCUAGGCAUGGACCUGUUUUGCUAUGGGUCACAUUACUUCCACAAGACGGUGGGGCAACUGCUGCCGGCUUACACCCUGCUGAAGAGGAACCUCUUUGCGGAAAUCAUGGAGCAGCACCUGGGCAGCCGGCGGGAGGAGGACCUGGAUCAGCUGGCGCCCUGACCAGGGGCUGCAGCUGGGGGGCGGCCCUGUGCGCCCAGGACCGGGCUUGUCUUUGUGUGUGUGUGGGUCUUUUUGUACUCGGUGGCGGUGUCUCCUGCGGUCAGUAAAGGUUUUCUAAGGAA